CAGAAAUACACAACGAUCGACACCACUUCUGCAGGGUUCGAGCAAACAUCGUGACGUCCCCCGACCCCGACCGACCGCCGAUCUCAUCCCUAGCAUCCUAUACCCGACACCUCAUGUGAUAACCGACCGAACUCUUCCAGACAAAGACAGAACGGGCCGAUGGAAGGAUCGACUUCCGUCUGACCGGAAGUAUCGGUUACUCUACUCCAGUCUUUCUGGGGUCCCCUACGCCUUCCACUCCCCAGUAGGUACCUUGUAACGCACCUCCCUGCACACUACUAGUCGGUCCUAUUAGGGUCCCGCAUGCAACCGCGACCGUUGCUUGCCUCGGCCUGAGGCUACUCCGCGGCCAACCGGACCGUCUGUUCUUCCCCCCUUCUUUCUCAUUCUCCAUCCUUUUAUUUUCCCCUCUUCCUCGCUCUCCUCUCCUUCUCUUCUCUUUUUCUCUCUUCUUCUCUUCAUUGUCUUUCUCCAUCUUUUUUGGAAUCACUAUCACAAUGGCUCUUCCCCUCCGUACCUCUCGUCAUGCCUCCAAGCUGGCCCAGACCUCCCGCUGGGUCAACUCCGCCUCGCGCCGCUCCUACGCGACCGAGUCCGACCUGAAGGCUACCCUCAAGUCCGUGAUCCCCGCUAAGCGGGAACUGCUGCAGCAGGUCAAGCAGCAGAGCGAUGAUGUCAUUGGGGAGGUCAAGAUUGGCAACACCCUGGGUGGCAUGCGGGGUCUCAAGGCCAUGCUCUGGGAAGGCUCCGUCCUCGACCCUGAGGAGGGCAUCCGCUUCCACGGAAAGACCAUCAAGGACUGCCAGAAGGAGCUGCCCAAGGGCCCCACCGGCACCGAGAUGCUGCCCGAGGCCAUGUUCUGGCUGCUCCUGACCGGUCAGGUCCCCACCACCCCCCAGAUCCGUGCCUUCUCGCGCGAGCUCGCCGAGAAAUCCCACCUCCCCCAGCACAUCCUGGACCUGAUCAAGUCCUUCCCCGCGAACAUGCACCCCAUGACCCAGCUGUCCGUCGCCGUGGCCGCCCUCAACACCGAGUCCCGCUUCGCCAAGGCCUACGAGCAGGGCCUCAACAAGGCCGAGUACUGGGAGCCCACCUUCGACGACAGCAUCGAUCUGCUGGCCAAGAUCCCCCGUGUCGCCGCUCUGGUCUUCCGCCCCGAUGCCAUCGAAAGCGUCGGCACUCAGGCCCUCGACGGCGCCCAGGAUUGGUCGCACAACUUCGCCGAGCUGCUGGGCAAGGGCGAUGCGAAGAACCAGGACUUCCACGACCUGCUCCGUCUCUACCUCGCCCUGCACGGUGACCACGAGGGCGGCAACGUGUCUGCCCACGCCACCCACCUGGUCGGCAGCGCCCUCAGCGACCCCUACCUGAGCUACAGCGCCGGCCUGCUGGGUCUGGCCGGCCCGCUGCACGGUCUCGCCGCCCAGGAGGUGCUGCGCUGGAUCCUGGCCAUGCAGGAGAAGAUCGGCACCAAGUUCACCGAACAGGACGUCCGCGACUACCUCUGGUCCACCCUCAAGUCCGGUCGCGUGGUUCCGGGCUACGGCCACGGUGUCCUGCGCAAGCCCGAUCCUCGCUUCGAGGCUCUCAUGGACUUUGCCGACACCCGUCCCGACGUGCUGGCCAACCCCGUCUUCCAGUUGGUCAAGAAGAACUCUCAGGUCGCACCUGGCGUGCUGACCGAGCACGGCAAGACCAAGAACCCCCACCCUAACGUUGACGCCGCCUCGGGCGUGCUCUUCCACCACUACGGCUUCCAGCAACCGCUGUACUACACUGUCACCUUCGGUGUCAGCCGCGCGCUGGGCCCGCUGGCGCAGCUGAUUUGGGACCGCGCCCUGGGUCUGCCCAUCGAGCGACCCAAGAGCAUCAACCUGCUGGGUCUGAAGAAAUAAGGGGAUGCUUGACG